AUGACAUCCUUCCCACAUCCCAAUGGCACUGUGUCUUUCUGGCGCCGUGAGUCGCAGGAGCUUGACAACUUCCGGUCCAUGCCAGACCUUCCAGACGAAAGCGACAUAGUUAUCAUAGGCGGAGGGUAUAGUGCAGCAGCACUAGUCACGCAUAUCCAGAAACAAUAUCCCAAUCACCCAUCGAUUUUGGUUCUCGAAGCUCGUCAGCUAUGCUCUGGGGCAUCGGGGCGAAACGGUGGCCACAUCAAACCCGAUCCAUACCUUCAUGCCUCUGAGAUUGCUGCUCAGUAUGGACUCGCUGCAGGCGCGGAAGUCGCGGAUUUCGAAAUCGCAAACUUGAAUGCCGCUAAAGAGUACAUUGAACGUGAAGGCGUUGACUGCAAUUUUGUUGCCACCAGAGCAUGCGAUGUACACUUCACUAACAGCCAGGAUACGAGGAUAAAAAAGCGCUUGCGUGAUCUCAAAGCCGCGGGAGUUGCCGCAGCCCAAACGGUGUCUGAAGUGGGAGAGGGCGAUGCCGAAAUUGUAUCAGGUGUAAAGGGGGCCAAGGGAUGCAUCAGCUACAACGCUGCACAUCUAUGGCCGUACAAAUUGAUCCACCACAUGUUCACCAUGGCGCUGAAACAUGGAGGUCUCAACCUCCAGACAAAUACUUGUGCGACUUCUGUCUUCCCCGCUACCGACUCUCAAAGUAGCUGGGUGAUCCAGACAAACCGGGGCCCUGUUAAAGCCAGCAAGGUUAUAAUUGCCUCAAACGCUUACACCCCGGCUUUAUUACCUGAGUAUCGGGAGCAAAUCAUCCCUUACCGGGCCGUGAGCUGCCAUAUCACGACACCUAGCCCGGCACCACCUAUUGUCAACACCUACGCGCUUCGAUUCAAGGAUUGGGAUUUUGACUAUCUCAUUCCCCGACCUGACGGCAGCAUUGUUGUGGGAGGGGCUCGCUCAUCCUACUUUCGCAAGAAAGACCUGUGGUACAAUAACACGGACGAUUCUGAGGUUAUCGAAGAGACACGAAAGUACUUUGACGGAUACAUGCAACGACACUUCCGUGGGUGGGAGGACAGUGGCGCAAAGGUCUCGGAAAUAUGGACUGGCAUUAUGGGAUAUUCCCGUGACAAACUUCCAAGGCUGGGGCCCGUACCCGGCAAGCGAGGAAUGUUCAUUAUGGCUGGUUGGACGGGCCACGGCAUGCCUCAAAUAUUUCUGGCAGCCAAGGGGAUGGCAGACAUGGUAGUAAAGGAUGUACCUUACUACGAAACUGGGUUGCCUCGUGUUUUUGAAGAGACUGCGGAUCGCUUACAGAACGCACCGAACAAAGUGCUGGAGUCCUGGUACCAGGCUACUCAAUCCCCGCGGCUGUGA